AUGCUCACUGACAGUUUUGCACAGUUUCUCAAACUUGUCAAACUCAAAUUUGAUUGUGAUUUGUGCGGUUGGUAUUUGCAGGAAUUCGUGUUGACUGCCCAGAGUCCACGAAUUCGAUUAUUACAUCCACUAUCAACGUUAUCAUUCUUUUCAGCAGGACUUUAUUCGAUAUUCACUAUGUCUCAAACUCUUACGUUCGGUGACUCAUGUGCCCCGAUAACUUGUCAUGCGUGGAAUAAGGAAAGAAAUCAAAUUGCCUUUUCUCCCAACAAUAAUGAAGUCCAUAUUUAUCAAAAAGAAAGAAGUGAAUGGAAGCAGACUGAUAAUCUUGUGGAACAUGAUAUGAGGGUAAUGGGUAUUGAUUGGGCACCUAAUACUAACAGGAUCGUAACUUGCUCUGUUGAUCGUAAUGCCUAUGUCUGGACUCAGGCAGAAGAUGGAAAAUGGAAUACAACAUUGGUAUUACUGAGAAUCAAUAGAGCAGCAACUUGUGUAAAGUGGUCACCUAUGGAGAACAAGUUUGCUGUGGGUUCAGGAGCUCGACUGAUAUCAAUUUGUUAUUUUGAAAAGGAAAAUAACUGGUGGGUGUCUAAGCACAUUAAGAAGCCUAUCCGUUCAACUGUAACUACACUGGAUUGGCAUCCAAACAAUAUUUUAUUGGUUGCUGGAUCAACUGAUUUUAAGGUGCGAGUCUUCUCUGCUUAUAUAAAGGACAUUGAAGACCAGCCUGGUCCUAACGUUUGGGGAUCGAAACUUCCAUUAGGUCAGUUAUUAGCUGAAUUUCCUUCUAGUGGAAGUGGUUGGGUGCACAGUGUGUCCUUCUCGGCUGAUGGUAACAAAGUUGCUUGGGUAGGACACGACAGUUCUAUUAAUGUUGCUGAUGCUGCUCAAGGAAAAACUGUUUUCAAAAUUAAGACUGAAUACCUGCCAUUUUUGGGUUGCAUUUGGAUAUCUAACAACUACCUCAUUGUUGCUGGUCAUAGUUGCAUUCCAUUGCUCUACUCUCACGAGGGAGAUCAAAUCAAGUAUAUUGCCAAAUUAGAUAAUACUCAGAGAAAGGAGUCAGGGGGAUUAUCUGCUAUGAAGAAGUUCCAGUCUUUGGAUCGUCAAGCUCGUAUUGAGACUAGCGAUACAUUUUUGGAUUCCAUACAUCAAAAUGCUAUAACUUGCAUCAAUCUUUACAAAGGGUCCAAAGCUGAUGCUGUCAAGUUUAGUACUUCUGGGUUAGACGGCCAACUCGUUAUUUGGGACUUGGUUUCCCUUGAAAAAACUUUUGAUGGUCUAAAAAUAUUU